GAUCGGAAGGGAAGCGCAGCUGCACUUGGACACAGGAAGGAACCUCAGAACUCUAGUUUUUAUUUCUUUUGAGAAAGGGCCCCAUGUAGCCCAAGCUGGCCUCGGAUUCACUAAGUAGCCGAGGAUGACCUUGGAUACCGGAUCUUUCUUCCGUCACCUCCUCAGAAGAGAGGCGUGCGGGAUUUUACAGGACCCAGACGGAACCCAGGCCUCGGCGCUGGCUGGGCAAACCUUCUAACAACCGAGCUACACCCCCGCCUGGGUCUUUUGUUUUCAUCCAUCAAAUCUGAUUUUGAACUGGGUGGAAGACCGGGACGGACCGCGGAAAGGGAUGUUUGCGGGCUAGGAUCCGGGGCGCAGCUGGAAUCCUUUCCGUCUGUCCCUCGAGCGCGCUUCCGAGCGCCGAGGCCACACGUGCGCCCCUCGCCGCGCGGCGGCCGGGGCGGACCCUGCCCGGGAAGGAGCUCCCGCCGCAGCGGCCCGCAAACCUGCCCCGGGCGCCGCGCGGAAUCACGGUCGUGGGCGGGGCGCCGGCGGUGGGCGCGGCGUCCGGGUGGCGCUUGCCACUCGGGCGGUGGCGCGGGCGCCCGGAGCGGACGCAGAGGGGAUCCGGAGGCGCGGCCGGGUGUCUGGGCGGGCGGCUGGGGGCUGGGGCUUGGGCAGCGUCCACGGGGGGAGCCCCGCGUCCUGGACCCGCGCGGCGGCUGCGGGGCGCGCUGCCCUUCGCCAUGUACACCUUCGUGGUGCGGGACGAGAAUAGCAGCGUCUACGCCGAGGUCUCCCGGCUGCUGCUGGCCACCGGCCACUGGAAGAGGCUGCGGCGGGACAACCCCCGGUUCAACCUGAUGCUGGGCGAGAGGAACCGGCUGCCCUUCGGGAGACUGGGUCACGAGCCGGGGCUGGUGCAGCUGGUGAAUUACUACAGGGGGGCGGACAAACUGUGCCGCAAAGCUUCUUUAGUGAAGCUCGUCAAGACCAGUCCAGACCUGUCUGAGUCCUGUACGUGGUUCCCAGAGUCCUAUGUGAUCUAUCCAACUAACCUCAAGACACCAGUUGCUCCAGCACAGAAUGGCAUCCAGCUUCCAGUCAGUAACACAAGGACAGACGAGAGAGAAUUCUUCCUGGCUUCUUACAACCGAAAGAAAGAGGACGGGGAAGGCAACGUUUGGAUUGCAAAGUCAUCAGCUGGUGCCAAAGGGGAAGGCAUCCUCAUCUCCUCAGAGGCGGCGGAGCUUCUGGAUUUCAUAGACAACCAGGGCCAGGUGCACGUGAUCCAGAAAUACCUCGAGCGCCCUCUGCUCCUUGAGCCCGGCCACCGCAAGUUUGACAUUCGAAGCUGGGUCCUAGUUGACCAUCAGUUUAACAUCUACCUCUAUAGAGAGGGCGUGCUUCGAACUGCUUCAGAACCAUACCAUGUUGAUAAUUUCCAAGAUAAGACCUGCCAUUUGACCAAUCACUGCAUUCAGAAAGAGUACUCAAAGAACUACGGGAAAUACGAAGAAGGCAAUGAAAUGUUCUUCGAAGAGUUCAGUCGGUACCUAACAAGCGCCCUGAACGUCACCUUAGAAAGUAGCAUUUUGCUGCAAAUCAAACAGAUAAUAAGGAGCUGCCUCAUGAGCGUGGAGCCUGCCAUCAGCACCAAGCACCUUCCUUACCAGAGCUUCCAACUCCUUGGCUUCGACUUCAUGGUGGAUGAGGAGCUGAAGGUCUGGCUCAUUGAGGUCAACGGGGCCCCGGCCUGUGCUCAGAAGCUCUAUGCAGAACUGUGCCAGGGCAUCGUGGACAUAGCCAUAUCCAGUGUCUUCCCACCCCCGGACACGGAGCAGGUGCCACAGCCAGCGGCGUUCAUCAAGCUGUGAAGGACCUGGAGGUACAGAGCCGCCUUGGGAAGUGUAUGGGGUCCUGCUCCAGAGGAACGUCAGAUGACUGGACUGCUCCUUAUCUAGCAUGUUGGGGAACAGAUGUACAGGUAGAGUGUGCGGAGAGAAGGCAGCUGUGGGAGAGCAGUGACGCCGUCUUCAGUGCUGUGGAGACCUUGGGAAGCUGAAGCAAGCGCCAGAGGGAGAACCGAACGCUUCUCUAACGGUCCAGAACUGGGGAUUUGGAUAUGGUGUGAUCUGAUCCCUUGAGCAGUUCCUGGUCUUGGGUGGUACCGGGAGCAGGGCUCCUCCUCCCCAGGGACCUCUGGGUGGUGUAUUCCCACAGACUGAAGCUUUAGUGCCUUAGCUCUGUGCCCAGCGCAGCCUCCCUGGACGCAGACUGGACCUUAGAGCAUUUUGGAGGUCGCCACAUGCUCCCUGCACAUCCCCUCUGUGACACUCUCCCGCUAAACUGUGGGCAAGCAUGCAGCACAGUCCAUGCUGUGCACUGGACUGUCAGUGAAGGUCCCUUGCUUGUCACUUUCCUGGCGGGCUACGGGUGAGUACCUGCCAGGGGUCCUGUGGGCAUUAAACAGUGUAUGCUGCUCACCGCAUGUUUUAGAAACAAAAGCAGCAGGCCUGAAGAAUCUGCAAGCAUCAAAUAAGCAUGAGAGAGAAAGAAGAAAAAAACAUGAUAUUUUAACCUAAUGAGGUGGGUGGGUGGGCGGGGGUCUCUGAAGCAUCAUGAGUCUCAGUUUGCUUUGGUUUAACCAGAAUUCUGAAUGCAGCUUUGCAGUUUCUCUUUCCUUUGCCCCAUACUCUGUAACAGUCCUCUCUGCGAGUCGGGGAAGGGGAAGGAAAUCUCCCAUUCCCCAUCCUCCUCCUCAUAUCAUAGCUCUCCCUGUGUCUGUCCUCCUAGGCUCCAAGGGCCUUCCAAGGGAGCCAGAGGGCCAGGUUCCAUUCCAGAAAGGGGCCUGUCUGCUUAUGCACAUAGGUGACAGGAGCAAUGCCCUCUGAGUGAGGCUGUGUCCUGCACGAGUGAGGAAGAAGUAGUUUGGGAGCUCUGCACAGUUUCUUGUAAGUGUCAACAAGAGUGUACCAUGAGAUGUGUUUUCCGUGUCGUGGAUCCAUUUGUAUUUCAUAGGCUGCUGGGGAGCCAGCUUCCAUGGCGGUGGGAAGAUGCCAUGCAUGUUCGAUGUGAGAGCAUGUAACCAGGCUCUUCUGAAGAGUGUCCUGGAGCCACAGUCUUACACGUGCGCUUCUCCACUCAAGUCUCCUUGGUGUGUUCUGCAGUCAAGUGAAACUCCUACAAAGAGCUGGGAACGCACCUCUCCCUCAGAUGGAGCGAGGUGUGGAGACUUAGGGUGAGGAAAGGAACGGUGAGGUUAUCGAUUAAGUGCGUCAGUGGGUAGAAGAUGGGAAUGUGGAAAGUCCCAACUCCCUGGAAUCUGGAAUUAGAGGGCAAACGGGCCAUGCUUUACGCUGUAUGUGGGUAAUGAAGUCGGCACUAAGAGCAGAGUCAAGCAUUCCAUAUAAAGUCAGUUCUUGGGGCCCAGCACAGCUAUGGGCCAGUGCUGGGGAAUCUCUGGGAAGGCAGGGUGCACACUCACUUAGAGGGUGGAGGGUACUGGGUCCUUGGCUAGUCUAGGUGGGCCAGUAAUGGAGAAAGCAGAGAGGUGCAUGUGUGUUCUUGGGCCCAAAUCACAGGGGCAUUCAAGAGUGUCCAGCUGUUAUGGCGACGGAGCUGGAAAGGCAGAUGUCAGUAAGCCUUUAUGAAUCCUGGCAUGUCUUGUAAUAAACCUAAAUGAAAUCCACAACAUCUGUAUAAGGGAAGUGAGGUGUUACCAAGUGGGAAGGCCUGAGUUCAUUCCUCACAUAGCUUCAGCUAUUUUAUGUGCUUACUUUCCACCACAUAGGAAGGUUGGCUCUGAACCUUUUCGCACCGUUCCGUGCUGUCAUUGGCACAGAUGGUCGUGCCUGGCCCCCAGUCAGUCUUUGUGGUCAGUCGGUGUAAGUGCUGCCCAUCGCUGGGAAGGAGGGGUUGUUUGGAGAUGUGGAUUCCACUCAUGACUCUGUCAUUUGACCUCACGACGUCACACGAGCCAAAUAACCUCCCUGUGCCUUAGUUUCUUAACUCGUGGAGGAGACAUUACCUGACCCAGGGACUACCUUAAGGGGUUUUUGUGAGAACAAAAGAGAAUAAGUAGGAAGACUCAAGGCUCUCAGUGCUGAAUACAAGCUAAACUCUCCCAUGAAGUUCAAAAGAAGUUGAUGGCCCAUUCCACCUGCGGCCAAUAGAAUCAGAACCUCAGGUAACAAUAUGUCUUGAGGUGCCUUGAACCAUUCUUUCGGGAAGCAGGACAAACACAUUAUUAUCUUGGAAGAAUCAAUUAAGGAUUAAGGCUCAAAAAAAAUACUCCUUGAAGCAAGCAAUUCUGUAAGAACAAUCCAAUAUUGAUAUAUAUAUAUUCAUAGCAUAAGUAUUGUCUAAGCAGCUUCUCAGUUUGCUUCUCAUCCAAGUGUCUGGAAAAUCAAACAUGCUUUCACUUACAUAAGCGGUGUAUCAAGUCCUUGAUAGCAAAUGUACAAAAGACACGAAUCUAUAAAUCUAAUAAUACUUAUUAGAGUUAUUCAUUAAUUAUGGGAGAAAAGCCCCUCCCCUUACACUUGACUUCAAUGGCAAUUAUAAAGUCCAUUUGGCCAAGAAUAUUUAAGUGCCUCUGUGUUAUGAAAUAGCGUGGAGCUGGAGCUGGCAUGCACGCCACCUAGCAGUGUGUUUCAGCAGCUCUUUGGGGUGACAGUCACAUGCACAGGACAUUGAGGAGUGCUGGAAAUGGGCUGUGAUCCCUAGGCCAAGCCAGCAUUAGUGAUGCUCUAAAGUGUUUCUAUGAUCAGUGGUGGCUGAGUUCAUGGGUGAGCUCAGUCCUGUGCGGCAGAGUGGGGAUCCAUGGUCCAAAUGACAAGGUGCCAAAGUGGGCUGCAUGUGGCAGGUGGGUCCUGGCCUGAGGAUUCCGUGGCUGAUGUAUGUGCCUCCAAUCCUGGACACAGAACCUGCACCUAAGAGGAAAUGUCUGAAAUAAGGCAACUAUAUGAAUGUUUUAAAUGCCUGGAGCAUUAAAGUGAAGAUAUUUCAA